ACUCAUUUUAUUUCUCAUACCCUUCUUCGCCUCGACGACCACCUACCACCCACCUUCUCAUCUCUCCCUUCUGAUAAUCGCCAAAGAAGAAAGAAAAAGAAAAAAAAAGAAUCUGAACAACUCUCGCUUGCUUACCAUUAACCACAGUAACAAGUGCACCACUAACCCCCAAAGCCAUCGAUUAGCGGCGACUAAUAAAGUAAUUAAGCCCAAGGUGGGGAGCAUCCACGGGGAGGAGUUUCUGCUUCCUCCAGGCUCUACGAUCCCCACCGCUGCGCUGACCACCCUCCUCGUGCCGAUGCUGCGCAGAAGAUCGGUCUUUGGCCGCCUCCCCGCCAGAUUCGGCCGGUGAAGCUGCCAAGGCUGCUGCGCGGUGUGGUUGACGAGUUCUUGCUCGCUGACUCGCUGUAGCUGAUGCCAUGUUUGGGGCGGGGAAGGUGGACGAUGAGAUGGCGCUCAAGAGGCAGAGAACCGUGAGGUUCUAUGAUGAGAAGGCAAAACCAACUAUACCAACUCACCAGAAACAGGCAGGGUUCGCUGCUAGUAAACUUGGUGUGGCAAGCUCAGGAAAGAACAAAAUUUUUGUGCCAGGAGAAGAGCUGUGGUACAAAAGGAUUUUGGACCCAUCAAGUGACUUCAUCUUGACAUGGAACCACAUUUUCCUUUUUUCGUGCUUCGUUGCUCUAUUUAUAGACCCUCUGUACUUCUACGUGCCAAAAAUCUCCUAUGGCACCCCAAAUUCGUGUAUUGGGACAGACAGGCAUUUAGCCAUCACUGUUACAUUCUUCCGAUCAAUCUCUGAUUUACUAUAUUUCACUCACAUUAUAAUAAAGUUUAGAACGGCAUAUAUUAAUCCGAGCUCAACCAUGAGGGUAUUUGGAAGAGGAGACCUUAUCACGGAUCCAAAGGAAAUUGCGUGGCAAUAUUUGAGAUCUGACUUCGUAGUCGAUGCAGUGGCUGCAUUGCCUUUACCACAGAUCUUAAUCUGGUUUGUGAUACCAGCUAUUAAGUAUUCCACUGAUGAGCAUAACAACAAUAUUCUGGUGCUGAUAGUUCUUGCUCAGUAUUUUCCAAGACUAUACCUCAUAUUCCCCUUGACUUAUGAAAUUGUCAAAACUACUGGAGUUGUCGCAAAGACUGCUUGGCAAGGGGCUGCAUACAAUAUGUUGCUUUACAUGAUAGCCAGUCAUGUACUAGGUGCUCUAUGGUAUUUGCUAUCUGUCGAUCGCCAAACUGCCUGCUGGAAGAGCAAUUGCAAGAAUGAAACUGGCUGUGAUAUUAAAUUUCUAGAUUGUGAUGUGAUACCAAAUCAAAACUGGGCAAGCAAAACUGCUAUCUUCAAUACCUGUGACGCAACUAACACUUCAAUCAGUUUUGAUUAUGGCAUGUUUCAGCCUGCAUUGUUUAAUCAAGCCCCAGGGCAACGUUUCUUGAUGAAGUAUUUCUAUUCCCUUUGGUGGGGUUUGCAGAAUCUGAGUUGCUAUGGCCAGACUAUUACUGUGAGUACCUAUAUUGGUGAGACUCUAUACUGUAUAUUCUUGGCAGUACUUGGUCUCGUCUUGUUUGCACAUUUGAUUGGAAAUGUACAGACCUACUUGCAAUCUAUCACUGUGAGGGUUGAGGAAUGGAGAUUAAAACAAAGAGAUACAGAGGAGUGGAUGAGGCAUCGUCAACUCCCACAUGAACUACGAGAAAGGGUGAGACGGUUUAUCCAGUACAAGUGGCUCGCAACUCGAGGAGUGAAUGAAGAAUCAAUAUUACAGGCUCUUCCUGCAGAUCUUCGUCGUGACAUUAAACGUCACCUUUGCUUGGGUCUUGUUCGCCGGGUUCCUUUCUUCUCCCAGAUGGACAAUCAACUUUUGGACGCCAUCUGUGAGCGUCUUGUAUCAUCGUUGUGCACACAGGGCACAUACAUUGUCCGUGAGGGUGAUCCAGUGACCGAGAUGCUCUUCAUCAUUCGUGGGAAACUCGAAAGCUCUACAACAAAUGGUGGCCGCACUGGCUUCUUCAAUUCAACUACCCUGAAAUCCGGUGAUUUCUGCGGCGAGGAACUGCUUGGGUGGGCUCUUGUCCCCAAACCUACUGUUAAUUUGCCGUCAUCCACUCGGACAGUGAAGGCACUCAUAGAAGUUGAGGCAUUCGCACUCCAAGCUGAGGAUCUCAAGUUUGUUGCAAACCAAUUCAGGCGUCUGCACAGCAAAAGAUUGCAACACACUUUCCGGUACUACUCGCACCACUGGAGAACUUGGGCCUCAUGCUUCAUCCAAGCUGCUUGGCGGCGAUACAAGAGGAGGAAGAUGGCAAGGGACCUGAGCAUGAGGGAGUCAUUCUGCUCCAUGAGAUCAGAUGACUCAAAUGGUGAAGAUGACUCGCCACCUAAGCAGAAUCUCGCUAUGAAGAUCAUGAGUGGGAGUAGGAAAGGACCUCAGAACAUGAAAGAGUUGCCUAAGCUAAGAAAGCCGGAUGAGCCAGAUUUUUCAGCUGAACCCUGUGAGUAAGGUCUAAAAUGCAACAGCCAUUGCUUCUGCUAACUCUGCUGCUACCAGUUAACCAUUGCUAUACUACCAUAUACUGUUGGAUCGACGGCACGAGUUGUCCAAUUGUUGAUGAGAAAGUUCAUUAACUUGGAAACUAAAAAACAUGGAGAAGCAGCGAAUUCACGAAGGGAUCGAGGCUUUGAGUUGACUAGAUGUUUUAGGCGUUGGCAACUUGUACAUCCAGAUAUACACGUCUGUGCUUGUAACAUUCUUGAGAUCUUAGAAACGGCCGCACCCUUACAUUUGACUGCAGAGAAAGAGCGUAAAAGAACUGAAGAAAGAUCAAACGUAAAGGCAGUCUGUAUUUUUGGGAGUCUGUAAAGCGUUAGGGCGGCUAUUUUUUGCUUUUAACUGAUAGACAUUUCGUUGUAUUGUGCAAUGUAUUUUUGUGGCCAAAACUGCAGGUUAACAUCUAUACUGUGCAUACGUUGUGCCUCCUUUGUGGCUC